AUGGAGGGGAUUAGUAAGGAAGAUGUUUUUCGUUGGUGCAGAGAGAAGGAUAUAGAUGUCGAAUGUAGCUUUGGAUUGAGAGGAAAUUUGACCAGUGCUAGUGAGGAUAGUAUGCUCAACGCGGUGAAAUUUCUUUAUGGAGUUAGUGAACCAAGUAUUGUCGAUAAAUGGAAAGGGUCCAAAGGUACUAUUACCGCUAUUUUAAUCACUAAUAAGAACCCACUAGAUCCAAUGUUACUCCCUGGCAUGGUGGUGGUGGAUGGAGUCCCGGGAUGGAAAGUCCACCUGGUAUGGCCUGAAAGGAACGCAAGUGGAGAAGAUGUCCCAUCAGGUGAUGAACAAGGAACUGGGGAACAACAAUUCGGAUGUGGUGUCUUGAACACCAGCCCUGAUACUGAUCAACUCACCCACCCCGAGGAAGCUGUGGAGAAUCAGGUAGAAACUGUCAUGGGCAAGAUGGUUAGCCACUUGGAGAGGUGGCACUUCGAAGGCGUAUAUCGUCGACUUAGGAUAUUCUCAGGAAUCACACCGGUACCAGCGGGGGAGGAGACCUACGAGCUGUGGAGGGAGGCUGCCACACAACAUUCCGAAGAGUGGCAGUGCCCUGAACAUAUUAAACGGCAGCGGGUGGUUGAAAGCCUACGAGGGCCUGCUAUGGGGGUGAUUCAAGCCACCAGGAGGAGCAAUCCCACUGCUACUCUGAAAGACUAUGUGGAGGCACUAGAUUUUUCCUUUGGUACCUUGGAAGACGUAGGUGAUCUACUGGCUCGACUCAACCAUACAUACCAGGAGCCAGGAGAAACCUUGACACAUUACGUGUAUAGAGUCGAUAGGUUAAUAUACAAGAUUGUAGAUAAAGGGGGGAUCGAGAAGGAGGCGGUGGACAGAAGAAGACUGAUAAAGCUAAAUAUUUAUCGUAUAUAA